AUGGUUCCCAAUGUUCAGAACCUGGCGGUACGACUUGCUCAUCGUGGAAGACGAGUCGUGCUAUUAUUUGCAGCUGUUCGAAUACGAGAAAGGGGUUUUAGGAAUGCACCUCAGGGCCAGGAGCUUAUCCCCUCAAACUUGAGUCUUGACGUGGAUGGACGGGUCCUUCGCAUGAACUCCUUAUCCAAAAUUCUUGCGUCGGGUGCAAGGAUAGGAUGGGUGACAGCCUCGCAUCGGGUCAUUCAAAAGUUUGUUCGACAGAACGAAACUUCAUCUCAGCAUCCAAGUGGAUUUUUCUAG